CAGGGUGCGGCAGAAAAGACAGCGUAGUAACCCAUAGUACAGUGUAUAUCGGCUCGAUGAUUACAGAUGUAAGAUGGGAUUCAUACAAUACGUAACCCAGAUGUUCCUCCUGGUGAUAAUCUUCAGUCUUCUCGGCCACUCUUCUGGUCAACUGGAAAUACUCAAAAAUGAUUCCCCUAUAAAGGCACUGGUGGGUGAUGAGAUAACCGUCCCUUGUCACUUCGCUGGCUACAAGGCUUCAUCUUUGACUACUUCUACUGUUGCGGUUUGCUGGACUAAAGGAACAGAAAAUACACUUGUCCUUUUGUUUGAUGGUAAAAAUUAUACAGAUCUGGGUCAUAUAUAUCGGAAACAAAUCUUGUACGGGGAGAUGCCAGUCUGUAUAUACCCAACCUUCAGUUCAGUGAUGAAGGAGAAUACACCUGUUCUGUAAUCGUCACUCCUGAAGAAGCCAUUAGUAAAGUCACUGUGCAGGUGUCAGCUGUGCCAUCUUGUAGGCUGAGUGACUCCACACUAGUAAUGAAUCCUGACACGGAGAGAUCUGUCACAUGUUAUGUGAACGGCUUCUAUCCGGAAAGUGUGGAAAUACAAUGGCUGAAGUACAGUAAAGCUUCCUCCAACCAAUCUGAACUGAAUAGCCAGACCUGCACCAGUGAGCCCGUCCAGAACCACGAUGGGACCUACAAUGUGACCAGUGUCCUGUCUACGAGACCUGUGAGCACAGAUAUGGACGGAGACGUGUAUUCCUGUGUAGUCUCCCACAGGUCGCUGACAGAUCGUCUGACAUCUAAUGUUACUCUCUCUAUUAAAAGUAAAACUAGACCAUGGAUUGUAGUUGGAAUUUUGGGGGCUAUUAUUAUACUACUGGUACUGGCAGGAGUAAUAUUCUACCAUUGUAAAAAAGUGAAACCAAAUGUAACAGAGAUUUAUACAACAAACCUGAUUCAUGAGAAGACGUGUUCUCUGAGAUGUUUUAUAACAGGCUUCAGACCAGGCAAUCUUACUAUUAGGUUAUACACAGAGAAAGACAAAGAAAACCAGAUUAAAGUAGAUUCCUGGAGCUCCAUAGAACCCAGAAAGAAGUCACCAGAGAACAAUACUGAGCAGGGUACACUUUUGCAGAACAAACAUGAACCCACACACCCGGCCCUGGAACCUCUUAUAAAACGAUGUAAACUCUUCCUUUUGGACUGUGACUGUUUCAUAGCUAUAACUCCCAUAUUCCACAUACAUGAUGGGGCACUGCUCACUCUGGAGGUUCGCCAUGCUGCACUGAUGUUACCCAUUUACAGACAUCUACAACUAGAGGUGAAAUGUAAACCCAAAAUGGAUGACAUUGAGGCCAACCAAGCAUUCUACAAAUCUGGGGACCUGUUGCAGCUAAAAUCUAAAAUUCACUCUUUUUAUCCAGAAAGUAUAAAAGUGAUAUGGUCCAAAGACAGGGAAGAAAUUACAUCGCAGGUUACUGCAGCUGAAAAAGACGACAAAGGGCUGUUUUCUGUCGUAAGUUCUAUGCAAUGCACUGUUACAGAGGAAGACUUUGGGAAACCAUUCAGGUGUAAGGUGAUGCACAAGACGACCUCCAAGUUUGUUACAUGGAGACUAGAGAAACGAGCUCUUCCCAUAAUGGAUGCAAUCCAAGCCAACCAAGAAGCAUACAGCGCUGGAGAAACAUUGGAGCUGAGGUGCAAAAUUCACUCAUUUUAUCCACAUAACAUACAAGUGACAUGGCAGAAAGGAGAAGAAGAGAUCCCAUCACAAACGCGCGAACCUGAAGAUGAGAGUGAACCCUAUUAUGUUCUCGGUCAUAUAAGUUACACUGUUAAAGAGGAAGAUUUGGGGAAAAUAUUUACCUGUCAAAUUAAACACCCGUACAAGAAUGAUAGUGUCCAGUGGAGACUGGAAAAGAAAACAGGAAAUUGAAGCAACAUUAAGUCCAUGUGGGAUCAGCACUGAAUAAUUUCUGGAAAUCAUCUUCUCUUUACAAUGAUGAGGAUAACUGAAGGGUGACUACUAAUACUGGCAGAAAAUGAUGAAAUUAUGGAGACCACUCUGUCGGCCAGUCCACUAGCCAAACGUAAUCUGAUGGUGACCGUUUUAAGGGGAAUCUGUCCCCAAUUUGAAACAGUAAUCUCUGCUUAGUACUACAGAUAAUGAGUCCAGAUCACUAUUUUUAUUUUAUACAAUAGUGAUCUGAACUCUAUAUCUGCAGUACUACUUAUAUAUGACUGUAGAUAAUGGUCCUAAAUUGGGAUGACCGAUUCCCUUUAAACUCAAUACAAAACCUGGUGUUGACUAGUCCACUACCCAGCAACAGUUCCCAAAUAAGACUGCUCACAACCUUUUCAAUGUCUGCACAGGAAAGGAGCAAUCCCCAAAUGAUGCAUACAAAAUAAUCCCAGCAGACGAACUUGCUCUUCAGAAUGUAGUUUAUAAACUAUCAACUAUCCAGGCACAACCUUGUGCCAAGGUCUCCACCACCCAGACUUGGGGUCCAUUCACACGUCCGUAAGUGUUUUGCGGAUCCGCAAAACACAGACACCGGCAAUGUGCAUUCCGCAAUUUG